CGUACCAGCUUUCCCGCUUUGCGUCAUUUCCGCUUCCAUGCAGGUAGGGCGGGUAAUUCGAACGCUUCCAGGGUGAUCGACGGUCCUCACGGUUGGCGCGGAGGCGCGGCUGCGGUGGCGGAGGAGGAUCUAGACAGAAACUAGAUAUGUCUGGGAGGCGAACGCAGUCCGGAGGGGCCGCUCAGCGCUCUGGUGAGCCGAGGGCGCGCGGAAGAGAUGAGACGGAGCCGUUUGGGGAACAGCCCACGGCCCUAAAUCCUAAAUCCCUGCGGAGGUCACAGCGAAAAUCAGGCUCUGAUCUCCCGAAUGUCCUUCCUGAAAUCUGUCAGGCACCUCCUGCAGCUCCAGUCAAAAAGCCCAUUGUCUUGAAGAAGAUCGUGGCUCAUGCUGUAGAGGUCCCAGCUGUUCACUCUCCUCGCAGGAGCCCUAGGAUCACCUUUUUCUUGGGGAAAGAAAACAACCCUCCUCUCCAGAAGCCCACGAAGAGGGACCUCUUCAAGACACCUAGUGUCCCUGUGACCCCUACUACCACUCCUGUACUGGACCCCCCAGAGGUCGAGUCUUGCUCCAAAGAAGAGGAAUUGGAUAUCAGAACCGUGGAAAUGUCCAGGAAAGUCAGGCGCUCCUACAGCCGGCUGGACACCCUCCGCUGUGCCUCCACCUCCACUCCUGGCCUCCAGUCUUGCUUUGGCUUUGAGGAGCCCAAAGAUUUGUCUGGUGUUUCACCUGUGGUGUGCUCAAAGUUGACGGAGGUCCCCAAGGUCCCUGUAAGGCCCUGCUCCCCAGACAUGAAUCUUCCGGGGAUCUCUCCCCUAUUUAUGAAAGAAAAGCGGAGGAAGAAAAAGGCACCAGAGAUCCUGAAGUCGCAGCUGGAUGAGUGGGCCGCGGCCAUGAAUGCUGAGUUUGAAGCUGCUGAGCAGUUUGAUCUCCUGGUUGAAUGAGAUGCAGUGAGCGUACGCCUGGCCUGACCUUCCCUCUCCCUGUACAUAGCUUCCUCUUGAUGAAGACACUUGGGGUCCCUCUCGCCGGCCUCUUUAUCCCUGCAAGUGCUGCUGUAGAACAUGGGGCCUGCCUGGCCCCUCACUCAUCACCCUCUUCCGGUUUCCCCAAGGUGUCAGGGCAGAAGGCCACCUCUGCCCUGGUCAGGAACCUUGGCUGCUCUGAACCAGCCCACAGAAGCGGGCUCGUGAGAUUGGCAGGCCCUGUCAGUGGCAUGUUUCUCAGUCAGGAAUCCCUCUGUGUCACAAGGCGCUGGGGUCCUGGUCAGCUCUGUUGACCAUCUAGGAGAGGUGUCGCUGACUGGGGGGCAGUGCUGGCCUCAAGAAAGAGGCUAGGGAGCCCAGAUGGUUUUUGUUUAUAUUGUUUCAUGAACAGGGGAUUGAGCCCAGGGUCUUCCUACUACCCUGGGUUUGAAGCCUUUAUUAUUUUUAUUAAACUUUAAGACACUGUCUAAAUUGCCCAGGCUGGGCUCAGAUUUAUAAUCCUGCUGCGUGUGCCCCACACCCCACUGCAGUCUGAGUGUGGAGUGAGGAAGUCUGUUUUCUCUGGGUUCUGAGGAUCUGCAUUUCCUGUUCUGGAGCUAUGUGUUACACACCUGUGUUCUGCCACUGAGUUGUUGGGAAAUGCAGGUUCCUGAAACAUUGUUUGGGACACAUUUCCAUACUGUCCUGUCUCUGGGAUGGCCACCUACCCAGGGACAAAGAAUGAACUUUAUUGUCACCUAUACCUCGUUUGUUUUUUGGGGACAAGGUCUUCUAUGUAGCCCAGGCUGGCCUUGAAAUAACAGCACUCCUCCUGCUCCAGCCUCCAAAGUGCUGGGAUAACAGGUGUGCACCACCUCACCUGUAAUCCCACUGGCCAGGCCUGUUUCUUAAAAAAUGAACCAUGUAGUCUUUGGCCUCAGAAGAAUGAAAGGUCGGGGCUGGGGGUUUAGCUCAGCAGCAUAAGCGCCUGCCUUGCAAGCAGGCAGUUGUGAGUUCUAUCCCUGGUACCGAUAAAAAGGAAAAAGACUAAAAAAAAAAAACUACAUAAAAGAAUGAAAGGUCCCAGUCCCGGAAUUUCCUGCCCUGAGAAACCUGUAGGGGCUGAUAGCAACCUUCCCUUUUACUUGCUACAGUGCUCUCCCUUGGGAACCUGCCCGAAGAGGUGCUGGGAAUAGGGGUGGGAGUGGGGCGUUUCCCCUUCCUUUCCCUUUCCUGGGUGCUGAUGGGAGGUGUGGUUUAAACACUGCACAGCUACCCACUACAACUGCCACCCAAGCCAGGCCAGGUUUGCAGAAGCAGAGGCUGAAGGCUGGAGGCAGAAGGCACUGGGGGCUGAGCACUUGCUCAGGUACUGGAUGGGACUGGAGGGGCAAGGAACCCUCUGCAAGGCUCGGUACUCACUGAGCGGGCACCCUCACCUCAGUAUGACCCACUUGGCCUUGACUGGGCCACGCUUGAAAAACUCUAGUUCCUGCUGGCUGGCGGGGUGGGAGUCUGGGGCAGUGUCUUAGUCCUGCAGAAUCAGGAGGAGCCAGGUAACUGUGAGUUGAUCUCAUCAUUAAGCCUUUUUCUGUUCCUUAGGAACUGACUGCAAUGUAGGGAAAAUGGGUUUCAUUUCCAAAUAAACAUGAUCAAAAGGUU